AUGUCAGACACUAGAAUACCCCGAAAUAAGCCUAUAUGUUACCGAAUUGAGAAUCUAAAAAUCGAGCACAGGACCCCAGAACAGGUUAAGAAUCUUUUUCAUUCAGACGAUAAACCGCAUAUCACUGUUCGAUUGCUGGCUCCGAGUGAUACCGGCUUUAACGACACAGAUUACACUGCCAUAGUUGACUUCCAUGUACAAGGCGAGCCGCGCCUUGACUAUCAUGGCUACGUACUCGACAAAACAUUUGAAGGCUUCACAACCCUCAAUGAACCGAAACAGCCGGUAGCUGCAGACAUCAUUGCCGUCACUGGAUUAGCUGGCCAUGCUAUCGGAUCAUGGAUGAAUGCCAGGGGCGAGAGUUUCCUUCUGGACUAUCUUCCAGCUGACCUCGACGGGCGCGCACGUAUUUUAACUUACGGAUACGAGUCCAAACUUCAAGGAUCACGAAACAUAAGUUCAUUACUUGACUAUAGUGGAACAUUCAUGCGAAGGUUGAUGAAUCUUCGAAAGCAGCAACGACUUGAGAAUCGGCAAAUCAUCUUUAUUGGACAUAGCCUUGGAGGCCUCAUCAUCAAACAGGCGCUCAGCGACAGUGGGCCGGAUGUUGUAAGACGGCUAUCCGUGCGAGCAAUCAUCUUCUUUGGUACGCCUCAUCUGGGACUAAAUGAUAACAGUCUCGAAACUUUGGUCAGAGGUCAACCUAAUCAACAUCUCAUCAACGACCUGCAUCCACAUUCCUCAACCAUUGCAAGCAUGAGAAACAGAUUUGACAAGGUUUCGCGUGCCACCAAAAUCUACGCCUUCUAUGAAACAGUACACACACCCAAGGUCAAAGAUGUCAAUGGCCAGUGGUCAAGAGUAGCUGAUGAUGAUGCCUUAUGGGUGACAAAGGAAUCUGCCUGCCUGCACGCUAGUGACUUGAGUGAAGCAGUCCAAGUAAAUGCAGAUCAUUCACAAAUGGUCAAGCUGAACCGAGGCCAGAGUGGUCCUUAUAUGGACCUCUUAUUUUUCAUUCAAGCGUCACUUCAGUCAGCUCCCGAAGUCUGGACUGGCCAAGACUCAAGUGACAGAUUCGUCGGGGGCUACUAUGACAUUGGAAAUCAUCUACAGCACCCAAGUUCCGGUACAACACAAUACCCCUCAGGGCCUGUCAUCGAUCCAAUGAUGCCAUAUUUACAAUCGCGGGCUAGCUCAAUAGGUCCAGAAAGCGGCUACCAUAGUCAAUUCGAGGCCAGGGGACCAAGGACCCAUGUGCCGAAGCCCUGGCAAAACCAGUCACCAUCACCAGUGACAUCUCCUCUUCAUACUACGCCGCCAACUACGCAAACGACCAACUAUGGAUUUGAAAGCCCUAAUGUGCCUUUGCUUAAUUCUCUUACCAGACAAACGUCUUACCUCUCCUUAGGUGAUCGUUCUGCCCAUACUCAUCAUAGCAACCCGACUGGGUUUCCCGUUCAUACCCGAGAAGACUAUCUGAGGGCCAUUGUCGGCCGUUUCGCGCAAGCUCAGGCACCUGUUCAAGAUAUCCAAGGCCAUAUCCAAGAGUUGGUCAGUCUUCUGUGCGCUAUGGGUGGCCACGAGCGAUUGGAGGAAGCUGAGCACUAUAUGCUCGAGCUACUGAGAAUGCAUGAAGAAGUUUUUGGCCGUGUCAGCCAGGAAGCUUUGGCAGACAUGGUGGUAUUGGCCGAGAUUGCAGAGAAAUGGGGGAAGCUAUCUCGGGCUGAAGGAUGGCAUCGCAAAAUUCUCAAUCUCGCAACGGGAACUUUUGGUGAUCGUUCGGAAACUACUCUUGGUUACAACCUUGGCCUUUUGAAGUUCUUGUGGCGAUCGGAACAAUCCUUAGAAGUGAAACCUCUUCUGAGAGACCUCCUGAAGCGUAUGCUUGGCGUUCAGGGACCAUACAGUCAAUCCACCGUCGAAUGCCAACUGUUGCUAGCCAAGGUUCUUGGUGAAGAGGAUGAAUGGUCAGAGGCCAAAGAUCUUUUGCUAAAAGUCUUGAGCUCCCUUGAGACGGUAACAGGAUGUGGCAAGAAGAUCCACUGUGAGGCAUUGCUUCAACUUGUCGAGGCCUACUGCGAGCUAGAAGAUAAUACCGAAGCUGAGCGCGUAGCCCGUCGGGCUCUCGGGAUGCUACAGCAUAGCGUACUAGACGAUAAGGACGUCCAGCUUCAAUCACUUCGAGCCCGACAACUUCUUGCCUGCUCUCUUCAAGGCCAAGACUUUUAUGAUCAAUCUAUUCGAGUUCUCGAGCAGUUGCUUGAUGAAAUAGAUCAGCAUGACUAUCCAGAUAUGGAAAAGUACGAUUUGACUCGUCCGCAGAUUCUGCUAUCUAUCGGGAUUCAGCAUUAUUACGAAUCUAACCUGGAAGGGGCUGAAACAGCAUUGAAGAAAGCUCUGCAAAGCCGGGAAUACGACACUCUCGGAUCAAAUCAUGAUCGGUUUGAGGUUCUUUACUAUUCAGCCAAGGUCCUGGUUGAGAAAGAGAAUUUCAAGGAGGCCGAGAACCUUGUACAACGCUCCAUCGCUCUAGCAAACGCCGGCAACGCAGAGCAGAGCCAGAUUUCCGCAACGAUACUGCUAGCUCAAGUGCAAAAGGGUCUCGGUGAGACUCGUUUAGCAACCUCAACCCUCAAGAACCUCCUUUCGCGUCCCAGAAAAGAAACAAAGGCGUCUGACUUGUUUGAGGCGAGACACGAUCUUGCAAAACUCCAUCUCGAUCAAAAGGACUUUGAGGAAGCACGCUCAACUCUUCAAGCACUGUUGCAGUCCCAGAGGUCUGAGUUACCCUCUGACGAUUCCAGCAUAUCAGGCACAAUAGUGUUGCUCAAGAAAGCGGAAGAAGCUCUUGGCAUUUCUAAGCCCAAUGAUGGACUCAAAGCUAAAAGUUCGGACUUAACAUACACCAUCCCAGAUCGUGACUACUCUACGAAUUCAAAGUCAAAGACUUCUUACACACUAAUGGAUUACUUGAAGGCCCCUUUGUAUGACCUAUCAGACUCGGACUCGGAUGACUAUAUUGGAUACCUCUCGCCGACAGUCAACAAGACCACGGGAGUAUAUGGCAAAUCGGCGGUUGGAGGUUCAGGAGCUACAUGCGAUGUUGAAAAUUGCAAUUGCGGUCUCCCCAAAUCCAGCAUCAACACACCCAAGCCUGCAAGCAAACCCGAGCCUACAGGCAAAGCAACAGCGUCAACUUGUGAUAUUGAAGGCUGCAAUUGCAGUCUUCCAAAAUCCAAAACCUCCAAACCCGAAUCUACAGGCAAACCCAAGCCUGUAAGCAAAGAAUCGAAGUCGACCUGUGAUAUUGAGGGCUGUAAAUGCGGUUUACCCAAGUCUACAGUCGAUAAACCCAAAACUACGCCGAAAGCAACAACACAAACAUGUGAUAUCAAAGGAUGCACCUGCGGUCUUCCUCCAUCAAGCGCAGCGACAAGCUCUGAAUCAAAGACUCCAGCAUCUGCAUAUAACUCAUACCUUCCAUACGACUCUGACAGCUCUGAUGACAUUGAUUCGCCAACCGGGACAUCUACAAUAACCUUUGUUAGCUUGAAAUCCGCACGUGAAGCACUGAAGGACAUCAAGGUCUCCCUCAAAUGCCUCGGUAUCAAGUAUACUGCUGAAGCCACCGACGAGCCAGGACAAACCUUUUAUAAUGGAUACUAUAAUGAUGAGAUGCUGCGUUUGUCUUCCUUCACGCAGACGCCAAGUGAGGUGCGUUUACUGGUCACCUUGGAAAGCGAAAAUACUGUCAAAGACUUCCAGCAAGAUAUGCAGUUGUUCUUGGCACCGUUGCUUCUCAAGAGACGCAUGACUAGCAUUUUCAUCACGAGAGCUUCUAGUUCACAAGAGUCGGCGGACAUGAUAAGAGAUUCUCUAAUCAUCUCCGACAGUCGGAUCAAUUCGACUGAAGGCCCACCCCAAGCUCGAGUCUUUUAUUGCCAACUCAAGUUGAAAAAGUUACUUCGUGCGACUGUAAAGGUGGACGCCAUGGUGACGCAUCAGGAGCUGUUGAAUAAUAGAAACAGAGUUGAGGUUAGUUUCAUACUUCUGGAUGGUGACACAUUGGCGUUUGAGGAGGCUGUAGAUAGGGUACUGAGUAGUGUGAGGCAGGUGUUAGAUGAGGACGUUGUUGAUUAA